GCCGCCAUUUCAAAACCCUCGGGUUUUUUCCUUUUUUGACGUUGUACACUAGAGAGAGAGAGAGAGAGAGCAGCGAAGGAGUAGAGAGGUAGGGCGCGAGGGGGUUGGAGACGACGGAGUUUCUUAGGAGAGAAAAAAGUAGGAGGGGAGAGAGAAGGACAAUCAUAAACCCUAAUCUCUUAUUGAAUGAGGUCUUAUUUUGACGAUUCAGAAUUCUUUCCUCCGACCUUAAAAUGAAACCAAGAACAAAUGGGGUAUCUAGAGCUCAAAAGUCAAAAAAUUUUCAGAGUGAAGGACCAAAUUGGAUUCUCAUUGCUGGGGGUGCCUUAUUAAGUUCAUUGUCAAUUCGCCUUGGUUACAAGUUAAAGCAGGCACUCGACACGAAGCAACAAGAGAAUGCUAGCAAUAGUUUGAAAGGAAAUGGGAAAUCCUCCGACAGAAGGAAUGCUACUGGUUCCCAUUUGCAUUCAAAUGUGUAUUCCUUUACACGAGAAGAUGAUGGUUGCUUCAACUGCAUUUCAGGAACUGAUGGCAUGAUGGAGAUUAAGUGCCCAGCCAAUGGCCAGAUGCUUAGUGAAUCUGAUGGAGCUCUCCCUUUGGUCACAGUUCCUACUCCUGAAUUUAACAAGGAAAAUGGUGUUAUUUGGUCAUCUUCUCCUGAUCGUCUUGAAAUGCCUCCAAAGCCUUUCCACCAUUCAAACUGCUCAGACUCUCCAUGUGUCUCAGAAUCUGGCUCUGAUAUUUUCAGCAAGCGGGAAGUAAUUCACAAACUGAGGCAACAGUUGAAGAGAAGAGAUGAUAUGAUACUGGAGAUGCAAGAUCAGAUUGUGGAGUUGCAGAAUUCACUGAAUGCUCAACUAGCACAUUCUACACAUUUGCAGUCGCAACUUGAUGCUGCAAACCGGGACUUGUUUGAUUCUGAGAGGGAAAUACAGAGGCUGAGGAAGGCAAUUGCAGAUCAUUGUGUGGGACAUGUCAGCCCUAACGACAAGCCUUCCACUGUAACAGUUUGGCCACCCGAGGCAAUAAAUGGCCAUGCAAAUGGGUAUCACGAUGAGGAGAGCAAUUUUGACCUGCCCGAGAAAGGAAGAGAUGGGGGUAGGAUUGAAAUGCUCAAGACGGAAGUAGGAGAGUUGAAGGAGGUGAUUGAAGGAAAGGAAUAUUUGCUGCAGAGCUACAAGGAGCAGAAGGCCGAGCUUUCCAUGAAGAUCAAGGAUUUGCAGCAUAGACUGGAUUCUCAGCUUCCUAAUAUUUUGUAGGCACUCUCAGUUUUUGUCUAUUCUUUUGCCUUUUCCUCUUCACCAUUUCAGGCUCCAAAAAUUUGAAGCUCCGUUUAGGUUUUUUUUCCCUUUCCCUCACUAUAUUUAGAGUUUAGCUAAUUUUUUUUGGUGCUGUAUUUCUUCUGGUGUUGCACGUGUGCAAGUGUGGAUGGAUGACCGAGUGUGUCAGUGUGGGUUUGAAAAGUGAGAAGCAAGCAUAGCAGUAGGGUCAUUUUCUCAAUGCGAGCAGACAAUCUGUUUCUUCA